CUGGAAAGUGGCGUGCUUUUACGUCACGAUGUGAAAGGUGUGUUCAGCAGUUACACGACAAGCGCGCUCGCUUCCAUCGCCCCAAAUACAGUCUGCUCUUCGAUACUGUUGUGAUAACACCUCCAUCCUGCUGUUUGUGACUCGCAAGCAAAAAUCAAGCUCUUCAAGAUGAAGCUGUGGUUGGUUGCCGCCAUAAUUAUUUCUAUUGGGCUUCCAUCCGGUAAGUAAUUUACCUCGGUAUACUUUUUACAGGCGCACCUUUUGUGCCUGCAACGACGUUAUUCGCAAAUUAAAUCCGCUCCGUUCGAAGCAAACUUGAAAUUGCAGACACAUUUCGCUUCUUCAGGUAAAUGUUUGACAAUUUUCAACCGUUAAAAUUUUCCUCGUAUUUCUGUUUCCCCCUUUUUGUACAUCUCACUUGUCAAUUUUAGCUGAUAAAAUAAUUUCGCUCUGCGCAAACCGUAUCUGUUUACUGCAGAGCAAACUUACAAACGUGGAAUCCUUUCGCUCGUCUCGAAACUCGUCCACUUUUGGACCAAUUCAUUUUUUGCCCUAAAUCUCCUACAUCGCAUUUGCGUGUAACCACUUCGACUCGUGCAAUUUUUAGCUUAAAUAUAGUUAAGUGAAUUUCGGUUUAGGCGAUUUGUGUUUUUAUUAUAUUUUUCAUUUUUUUUCAGAGUAAUUUUGUCAAUUUGGCAUUUUCACCUUUGUCGAAUCAUCACGAGUUUUAAAAUCAGAUCAGUUCGUUCGUUUCAGAGAAUUUUGAGCAAAGAGUUGAAGCCAACACGCAAUUUCAUUUCAAGAACAAGGCCGACACCUUGGCAAAAGGUGUUAAACAUGCACGAUAAAAGUUAUUCUUUAGCAAGAAGGCCGAGACGGAUUUACAAAGAUUUGCAUAACCUUUUGAAAAGCCGUCAAAAUGAAAUAUCUUCUCUGUGAAUAGCUUAAAAAUAUCAAGCUUUAACUUCAUCUUUGCACGGAAGCUACGGUCAAGAACUUGAACAAGGUUGCUCUCACUUGAAUUAAGACUUUGUAAUCCUUCAUCAGACAGAAGACAAACAAAUGCCGGCGUUGAGGUUUCAAAAUUAAAGCUUUCGCAUAAUGUGUGCCUAAAAUUUGAAAUAUUGUUAGCAGUUAUUUUUUCUUCAUUUUUCCUCUAUAUUAUAACUUUUAAAGAGAUUUACACCAAAUAAAACAUGAACUCUGAUCUUUUUCGUAGGAAAGCGAGCGCUAACUGUCCGAUUUUCGCUCUGAUGCAGUUUCCGUGCAACUCCGCCGGAAAGCAUCGAAAACAAUUAUUCGAAAAGGACAGAGAAAUUGGUUCCAUUCAUGCUUUUUAAGUAUUGACCAAUCAUUAAUCGCAUCCAACAAAACAUCGCACUAGUUCUCUCAAGGAAAUCCAGCGGGCUAACUCACUUCGGUCCGAAUGCCAUGGGAAAAUAUGGAAAUAAAAUUGAAACCAUUUGAUAGAACAAAAUGAGUUACUACAAAUCAGAAAUAUGAGCCCGUGAAGCCACUAUUCGAUAUUUGUAGGUUAAAUUAAUCAUACUCUGGAUUUUGUUACGCCGAGACGAAAUUAUCCAUUCCUAUGCUAGAUCGAUUGCAAUUUACUAAUCCAUAAUCAUUACGGGUUACAUAAGUUUCCCAAUGAGGCAGUGCAAGAGAAGAUUAAUAGAGCUCAAUUUAUCCUCACUUGCUGCAACUUAAAGCAAAAUGUUUUAAUAAUUUAGUUUUCAUUGGUGAGUUUCCCAAUUUUUCUAGUAUUGGGCCUAAAGUGCAUGACCUGCACCAGUUCCGAGUCAUGGGAUAAAUGCGAAGGAAAAAGCGAGACCUGCAUAGCUCCGCUGGCCGAUCAAUGUCUUAAACUCUACUUCAAAGUUGGCUCAACCGAGUCAUUCAUUAAAAUGUGCGGAUCCGAUGCUUACUGUGAUGAGAAAACCAACCCUACCUGUAAAGCCGCCAGUGGAUCCUCUGAGUGUAAAAUCGACUGCUGCAAAGGUGACGACUGCAAUGCUGGCACAGCAACCCGCAUCAGCGGUAUUCUGUUUUUGUCAUGCGCCCUGACCUAUCUGAUGAUCUUUUUCAAAGCCUGAUGUGAGGUCAUGUACGGCUAAUGAGCCGUGUUGCAACUUAUUUAUACCUUUUUCUAAGAUGUUAAUCACAUUGCAUUUUGGGGAGAACACUUAGCUUUGGGACAAUAAUGAUUCUAUAGCAGUUUAUAUUCUCUUGUCAUACCGAAAACUGUUUUUCGUAAUUUCAUGCAGUUAAGCUGAUUUAUUUCUGCAGGUAACAAUGAACAUGGUAGUUGUGAGGCAAUGAUAUUAUCCAUUAAUUUUAGUUUUUU